UAAGCCUUUUUAACCAUUUCAACAAAGUUCAACCUAUAAAAACAAAAUCGUAUUCAUUUAUAUACAUUAUCCAAUACAAUUUAUAAAAUAAUGACUCGUAAAAAGUUUCAUCACCGAUCAAGCCAUUAUCAACAAAGUAGAUUAAACAAUCGAAGAACUAAUAAUAUAACGCGUCCUCAGUCUCAAUCUAGUUCAAUCGAUUCUUCUAGUUCUUUAUCAGUAGCUAUAUCUGAUGAAACUCCAAAAGAAAUUCCCGGAUAUUAUUAUGAUCAUGAAAAAAAUAGAUAUUUUAAGAUAAUGCCAAAUAAGGCAGUCGGGUCAAGUAAUCCUUUUAGUGCCGAUUCGAUUACGAAAAGAGUCGAGGAGAAAGCAAGAGAACUUGUAAUACCUAACCAAAUUCCCAAUGGAAUAUCGCUUCUUUUAGAUCGAGAAAUAAAUUUUAACAAGCCUAUUUAUACAUUCAAAAGUGAAAACCGACAAAUUUUAAUAAAAUCAUUACGCCAAGUUGGUUCAAUUAUACCAACCGCGAUAGAACGUACACCUAUAAAAGAUUUUCAGAUUCAUCCAUAUUUUAACAAGAUAUUAUAUGGUGAUUCAUUUGGCAACAUAAGCCAAAUGAAGAUUAAAUGUACUUCCAGUUCGUGUAUGGAGAUUUAUAAUGAUCAAAUGGCUAAAUUAACCUCGGAGAUAUCAUCGGUGCGCUUGGAUCGUACUGAUCUAUUAAUGGCUACUACACUGGGUGAUACGGUUGCCUCGGGUAAUAUGUAUAUAUUAAAAUUACCUUCGGGACCUUAUCGUGACACGGCACUAGAUGUAAGAUAUACAUAUCGGAGUGGUUCAACAAUUUGGACUAGUUCGUUUUCCGAAAUAGAUUCUUCGAUAGCAUUAGGGUCAUCACGAAAAUUAUCUGUUAUUCAAGGAUGGGAAGAGUAUCCUUGUGUUAAUAACUUUAAGACAAACAGUGAUGUUUUCGCGUUGGAUUUUGAUCGAUAUCAGCCCGACAUAGUUUUUGCAGGUUGUAGAGACGGGAAGUUACGUAUAUAUGAUAUUCGUUCUGAUUGUUCCAAUUCACAUUAUGGAAUUGGUCCACCGAUAAGUCAACAAUCUCCAAUUUGUCAUAUAAGACAGAUUGGUGCAUGGUAUAUUUUAUCAGAUGGAAUGGAUGGAUCCCUUUCUUUAUGGGAUGUUCGAAAUGAAAGAAGGAAUUUUGAUAAAACUUAUGUUUACGAACCGGUUUUAGAAUUUAAAGGAAAUGUUAAUUCAACCAAUAUUCAAUAUGGAUUCGAUGUUAAUUUAAAAGAAGACAUUGUAGCAAUAGCUGGCCAGGAUAAUAAAGUUAGAUUUUUUUCCAUAAAUACCGGAAGAGCUAUAAGAUAUCCAAUUGGACCAUUUAAAGAUAAAGUAUCUGCGUUAAGAUUUUGUACAUGGGAUUCGGUAGGAUUAAAUCCUGAAUUGGAUGAAAGAGGCGAAGGUAUUUGGAUGGCCGCUGGAAAGGAAUUUAUAUGGUGGAGUAUUGGAAAUAAUGAUAUGUAGAAACUGAAGUUUGAUUGGAUUUUACUUUAACCACCGAGUUUUUUAACGAGUUUGAUCACCGAAUUUUGAUCGAGUUUGACCGAGUUUGAUCGAGUUUGGGUUUGACCGAGUUUGACCGGGUUUGACCGGGUUUGACCGAGUUUGGCCGAGUUUGGCGAGCUUAGAAUUUCCUGAAUCAUCAUAAAUUAUGAAAUCAUGAAAUUUCGGGAAAUAAACUAGUUAUUGUUUAUGAGGAGAUAUUUUAAUUGCUCAAUUGCCGCAUAUUAUUGAUUCGCAAGGUCAUGUUAUUUUAAAUCUAAAACUAAUCUAAAAACUAAUCUAAAAAUUAAUCUAAAAAUUAAUCUAAAAAAUUAAUCUAAAAAAAUUAAUCAAAUUAAUCUAAAAAUUAUUUAUAGAUAUUUGUUACCCGGAAU